CCUACAGCAGGAGUUCCCGUGUCCUCGGUGUGAUGCAUCUGAUGAGCUCAACAGCCGUACUAAGGGGCUUUGUUGUUAGGUUUGAGGAAGACAAGGCUUGACAUAGAGCCUAAGGCAUGUUCUUUAAGCCAUCCAGUCGGACUCCUGGCAGAAGCCAUUCAUUGGCUCAAAUUUGUCUUGACCAACUACAUUUUCCAUGUUCAUCCUUCCUUUGAACAUUGAAUUGGUGAUUUACUGCUAGGAAUCUCCAUUCCAUCAGACACGUAGGACUAACCUUGAAAGGGCAGAUGAACUGCAGUCAAAUAAAAGUUUUCUUGUUGAGAACAGUGCCCAGAAAAUUUUUGCAAACACUUGAUUGGAUGUCUUACCAGAGAACAUUAUUCUAAUAUCAUACAUCCGCUUCUUUUAGGAAAUGAUUUAAUCAUCUUUUUGGCAGACCAGAAUGCACCCUACUUUAAACCCAAAGUAAAGGUUUCCUUAAAGAAUCACAGUGCACUGAUCACAAGUGUAGUGCCAGGGGAUUACGAUGGAGACUCACAGAUGGAUGUCCUGCUGACAUAUCUUCCCAAAAAUCAUGUCAACGGUGAAUUAGGAGCUGUCAUCUUCUGGGGACAAAAUCAAACAUUAGAUCCUAAUAAUAUGACUAUGCUCAAUAGGACUUUUCAAGAUGAACCUCUAAUUAUGGACUUCAAUGGUGAUUUAAUUCCUGAUGUGUUUGGUGUCACACAUGAACCCAGCCAGCCACAGAUACUAUUAGGAGGGAAUUUAUCAUGGCACCCUGCAUUGACCACCAAAAGUAAAAUGCGAAUUCCGCAUUCUCACGCAUUUAUUGAUCUGACUGAAGAUUUCACAGCAGAUUUAUUCCUCACGACAUUGUCUGCCUCUGGUACCUCGCAGUUUGAGAUCUGGGAAAAUUUGGAUGGAAAUUUCUCUAUCAGAACUGUAUUUGAAAAGCCUCGGAACAUGAUGGUCGUUGGACAGUCGGCCUUCGCAGACUUUGAUGGAGAUGGACACAUGGAUCACUUACUCCCAGGCUGUGAAGAUAAAAGCUGCCAGAAAAGCGCCAUCUACUUAGUGAGAUCCGGAGCAAAGCAGUGGGUUCCAGUCUUACAGGAUUUCAGCAACAAGGGCACACUCUGGGGCUUUGUACCAUUUGUGCAAGAACAGCGACCAGUGGAAAUACCACUUCCAAUUACCCUUCACAUCGGAGACUACAACAUGGAUGGCUACCCGGAUGCUCUUGCCAUACUGAAGAAUACAUCUGGAAGCAACCAGCAAGCCUUUCUCCUGGAGAACGUCCCCUGUAACAAUGCAAGCUGUGAGGGGGCACAGCGAAUGUUCAGAGUGUACUGGGAGCUGACGGAUCUGAAUCAGAUCAGAGACGCCGCUGUGGCCACCUUCUUUGACAUUUAUGAGGACGGAAUCCUGGACAUUGUCGUACUGAGUAAAGGAUAUACGAAGAACGAUUUUGCCAUCCAUGCAUUAAAAAAUAACUUUGAAGCAGAUGCUUAUUUUGUUAAAGUCAUUGUUCUUAGUGGUCUCUGUUCUAAUGACUGUCCUCGUAAGAUAACACCCUUUGGAGUAAAUCAGCCUGGGCCUUAUAUCAUGUAUACAACUGUGGAUGCAAAUGGAUAUCCAAAAAAUGGCUCAGCUGGACAACUGAGCCAGUCAGCACACCUAGCUCUGCAGCUACCCUACAACGUACUUGGCUUAGGUCGAAGUGCGAAUUUCCUUGAUCACCUUCAUGUCGGUAUUCCCCGCCCAGCUGGAGAGAAGUCUGUACGGAAGCAAGAGUGGACUGCGAUCAUUCCAAAUUCCCAGCUGAUUGUCAUCCCAUACCCUCACGAUGUUCCUCGAAGCUGGAGUGCCAAGCUGUACCUCACACCAAGUAACAUUGUCCUGCUGACAGCCAUUGCGCUCAUCGGCGUCUGCGUGUUCAUCCUGGCCAUUAUUGGCAUCUUACACUGGCAGGAAAAGAAAGCCGAUGACAGAGAGAAACGACAGGAAGCCCAUCGGUUCCACUUUGACGCCAUGUGACCUGCCUUUAGUGUUAGGUGUGGGUUGGCCAUUCCCUUGAUUAACUGAAAUGUGAAAUUUGGCCUAGACAAGAAAAGGGGGAAUGUUGAGUAUUAUUUAUAAACUAUGAAUCCUUUGGUAAUUAUUGGGAAGUAUGCAGAUAAGUGUGGUCUGUGUCUCGGGUCCUUUUGAAGCACUUUGCGUACGGUAAUUGGGUUCUUCAUUUGAUCGUGCUGUAAAUUUUGUUCCUUUGUGGGUGUGGUGCAUGUCUCAGGUGUCUGUAUGUAUGAUCUUAUUAGCAUAAUGACGACGGGAAAGACUGUAAAUAAAAAUAUUUAAAUGAGCAGGGUUGUUUACGUUCCCGAGUUGGUCUUCUCAUCUUACCCGUGCCAAGGACACUCGUGUGACUAUCACAGAUAAAGUCAUUCACCUCCACCUCCAUCUGGCAGGUCCGGUGUCUCACCAGUGGCAGACAGGACAGUACUGGGAACCUGGGCUGGGAACCACAGUUGGGCACACUUGCCUUGGACUCCUGGUCCCGCCACCGACAGGCUGUUUGAACGUGGCUGGUGCUUAACCUCCAUGAGCCCCAUUUCCUUGGUUAUCGGGCUGAUACUAUUGCUCAGCUGAGCUACUGUGAGCAUCAAAUGGGAUGAGCUGUGUGAAGCGCUGAGCUCAGCGUGGAGCACAGAGUGAGUGCUCAGUAAGUGCUAACUGUCGUCACUAUUGUUAGCUCAUUUUUUUAGACUUCUGCAACUAAUUAUCAAAAUAUAGACUGGACAGAAUUUUAUUUUCAGGCAUUAGGGAAUCAUAUCUGAAAAACCUAAAUUCUUGGUGGUUGACAUCUUAUAGAAGGAUUUAUUAGUUACUUAUAUGAACUAAAAAUGUAACAGUAUCCUGUAAGAAUUAGUGUGCCCUAAAAGUUUUCAUUUGCACACUGAUCUUAUCACACGGGGAUGACGAGCAUUCGCCCUCCCGGGGGAGCCACUGCAGGCGCAUCUGGGAGGGCGCAGCUCCAGUCACUCCCUUCAGGGCUCGUGGAGUGUUUCCAUUCGGAUCCCGGUGCCCAUCUCUGUGCACCGCACCUCGCCAAGGAGUUUCUGCGAGGUUGAAAUCUAAGCUUGGGAGGUUUAUGUAUCUGUCCAAUAUGCAAGUGGACGCGUGCCGCUCCAAAACAUAAAAACUACCUGGAAACAGUUCACAUUGCUCUUCAUGUUCUCUUCUCUGCGGUUGCCAAGAGUGGUCUGUGCACGCAGUUCCUGUGUCUAGCGUAUUAAUGUGUCUCAAUAAACACUGUACUGAGGACUCACAAAGAA